AUGGCGAUCCGCCUCUUCCUGGCCUCGUGCCUUAUCCGUUUCGCCACUUGCUUCGAGGACGAGGACCUCUUUGCAGAGAGCAUCAAUACCGAGUUGCUGCAGGUGAAGAUAGAGCUCUCGAAGAAUGUGCUUGACACUGGUCGGUCUACUGUGAGGGAUGAGUCAACUGGAAAGUCUGAUGACGUGGAAGCGGACAGCAUAUGCGCAGACUACUGCAAGCAUGUUGGAUCUGCGCUUUGGCAGUACGACCCCGACUGUCAGGGCUGCAAGGCAUCUCUAUUGCAGGUGAGUGAUUGCAUGGACUACUGCAAGCACGAGCCCUCGACGGUGUGGCAAUAUGACGCCAACUGUGCCUCCUGCACAGUGUUGGCUCAGAGCAGCCCAAGCAACAGCCAGGGCAGCGACAAGGAAAGGGUCGGGUGUGCCGACUACUGCAAGUACGUUGGCACGUCAGUGCGGCAAAACGUGCCUGACUGCAAAGAUUGCUCCACGGCUCUGGUGGAGGAGCAUGCUUCGCAGUAUCCAUGUGCAAGCUGGUGUCAGUAUGAGGGUCCGGCCGUCUGGCAGUAUGAUCCGAAUUGUGGAGGUUGUUACGAGCAGCCGAUACCACUGUUGAACAGGUCAGUGAGCUGCUUCAACUACUGCCAGUAUGUUGGAUCCGCGGUUUGGCAGUACAACCCAGACUGCAGAGGCUGUGCAGCACCGUACCUCUUGCAGGAAGACCAGGGUAGCAGGUGUCAGUCCUACUGUCAGCACGAGCCUUCUAUGGCCUGGGCGUAUGAUGCCAAUUGCCAGGACUGCAAGCCAACCUCCUUUGCUCAGGAAUCGGCCACUGCUGCAACAGAGACAAGUGGCGCUUGCGCAGAUUACUGCAAGCAUGUUGGAUCUGCGCUUUGGCAGUACGACCCCGACUGUCAGGGCUGCAAGGCAUCUCUAUUGCAGGUGAGUGAUUGCACGGACUACUGCAAGCAUGAGCCCUCGACAGUGUGGCAAUAUGACGCCAACUGUGCCUCCUGCACAGUGUUGGCUCAGAGCAGCCCAAGCAACAGCCAGGGCAGCGACAAGGAAAGGGUCGGGUGUGCCGACUACUGCAAGUACGUUGGUGCCGCCGUGCAGCAGUUCAAUCCAGAUUGCAAGGAUUGCACGGCAUCCUUUGCGCAGAAAUCCGGCUCUUCCAUACCCUCAUGCAGCGACUACUGCCAAAAAGAACCGUCGGGAUUGUGGCCGUACGAUGCAAAGUGCCAAGACUGCGCGAUGGUGUCGACGGCAGAAGCCGGCACCAAGGAAUCUGACAAGUGCGAGGAUCACUGCAAGUUUGUCGGGGCGGCAGUAUGGCAGCAUGACCCUGCCUGCCGGGGCUGUAAGACAUCCGAGCUGCUGGCUUGGGCCCCAGCCCGCAUUGAGGAGGGAGAUUGCCAAGCCCACUGCAAGUACCAGGGGGCUGCUGUGUGGAAAGACGAUGCUACCUGCAGCGGAUGCUUCCACGCCCUGCUGCAGGAGAAGUUGCGUAACAAUGGAACCAAAAGCGAGUGCACCACCAUCACUGGCGGAACCUGCAUGUUCAACAACUGCGACUAUACUCGAGGCCCCACACAAUGCAACUGGGCGCGGCUUUGCGUUUGUCCGCAGAACUUUUGUUCGCAGAAUGGUGUUUGCGUUUUCAACCUGAACACCGUGAUGCGGCGCGCGCAGCAACAGGGAAUCACGGUGCUGUCGUCGACAACCAACGAUCCAACAUCAGCCCUUCAAGUUGCGAAGCAGGCCGACGUCACUAUCAUCGUAGCAGCGACCACAUGCGGGGAGAGCGCCGAUCGGCUAAACCUGUCCUUGGAUGGAGGAGCUGACGAUCUCAUCGCAACUGUUUCGGCCGCCGCGAAGCGGACGGUGGUUCUCGUCCAAGCUCCAGGAGCUGUCGUCAUGCCGUGGAAGAAAUCCGUGCACGCCAUCCUCGUGCUAUUUCUCGGCGGUGAGGAGACCGGCAGCGCUUGGGGACGAAUCCUGUUUGGUGACGAGGCUCCCAGCGGCCGGCUCCCGAUCAUGAUGCCAGAGACCGAGGCAGACUCCAUCCCGCCGAGCCAGGGCCUGAUCGUGGACUACACCGAAGGACUGCGAACAAGCUACAGGAACCCAAACUUCACGGCGGCAUUUCCUUUCGGACAUGGUCUGACGUACACGUCCUUUGAGUACAGGGAUCCCAUCCUGGGCAACUGCAGCCUGGAGGCUUCGGCUCCGGUGGAUGCCUUCCUGUGCCUGCGCCUGGCUGUUGACAAUGUGGGCCCCCGGGCAGGUCGGGCAGUGGUCCAGAGCUACUUGGAGAUGCCAGCUCAGGCCGGCUAUCCGACUCCAAUCUUGAGGGGAUUCCGGAAGACGGGUAUGAUUCCCGCUGGCGGCUCUGAGUCGGUGCUGCUUCACUUCACGGCACGGGAUCUGUCCUUCUACGAGCCUCUGUUUCAGCGGUGGAUUAUGCCCGGCAGUCUUCGCGCCCUGAUAGGGGAGUCUUCCAGAGACAUCAAGCUGAGUAUCCCGAUGAGGAUUCCCCAAGCUGCAGGCGGUUCCCCCAAUCCGUCGCGUCAGUGGUCUGCUUUCUGGUGGCUCAUUGCCGUCCUCGCGGCCAUCGCAUUGAUCGUCCCUUUCAUCUUCUACGCCGUGAUGAGGCGGAGGCCUGAUGGGAUGGCCGUGACCGAGGAUUCCAGCAGCGAGCUCUCUGAGUUCAGUGGUUGCUUUGAGAAUCCAGCUCUUGAGCAUGGGACUGCAGAUGGACUUCAGGUAGAGGAGCAGAUGCAAUGCACAAGCGCUGCGAGUCCUCAGACAGCGAUGACGAGAGCACGGAAAGGAAGAGGGCGCGACUUCAACGAGCCCUGGUGGCGGGCACCUUCCCUGAGGGAUCGGACCCGUUCCCCGAGCUUGGCUCUCAAGAGCUCUGCAUCCCAGGAGAGCUGUGCAUCCUUCCUCCGCCUUGAAGGUCGGCCCUGGCUCUGA